CGUAUUUGUCAUAUGACUGUGAUGAGGGACAGAUCCCACUGCGAGCAGGCUUCUCCCGGUCAAAACAAAGGAGGUUUGAGGAGCCGUGGUCCGGGAUGAGAAGUUUAUUGUUUGGAGGCAGUGCAGCUCGAUAAUCACGGCGGGAUGCGAGACCGGGGAGCCCUGCCUGCGCUUUUUGCCGCCUCUCUACUCGGGCUAGUGCUGAGUCAGACUACUCUGACCCCUGCCCUCACUGACACCACAGUCAAUGAGAUUGUGACCGCUCCAACCACCCCCCUGACGCUCCUGACCAGUACACCCGGCACACCCAUCAGCACCACCACAGGGUGCUCUGCCUUCAACACAUCCGCAUGUGAGCCAUGUGCCCCUGGAUCCCAGUACGACAACAACACUCUGCUGUGUGCAUGCUGUACUGAACCUGGGCUCUGUCUAUUUCCUGGAGCAUGUCUACAGUGCCCUGUGGGCUCCUAUCAGCCUCUGGCGGGACAGCAGCAGUGUCUGCCCUGCGCCCGUGGCUUCUACACCAAUUUCACAGGGAGUCCCCUGUGCCAUGCCUGUCCUUCAGGGUCCUUCAACAACAUCACUGGAGCAGAUAGCUGCAUCAGCUGCUCUCCAGGUUCUUUCUCAUCUCUGCAGAGUUCCACAUCAUGUUCACCAUGUUCACUGGGAACCUUUUGCAACUCAUCUGGUUGCUCAAAGUGCCAAACAUGUCCAGCGGGUCAGGAGGCUCUGCAGAAUGGUGCCACAUACUGUACUCCCUGUCGACCAGGCAUGCAUAAGCCAGCUCGCCAAACCAUGUGCCAAAUCUGCAACAGUGGCUCCUACCAAAUCCACUGGGGUCAGGAGCAGUGUGAGAUCUGCCCAGAGAACCACUACUGCCCUAGUCCAGAUGUGAAUCCAAUCCAGUGCCCGAGCGAUGCGUUCUGUCCUCAGGGAAGUCUGGCCCCUGGUUAUUGCAUGGAGACCUUCUUCCGGAAAGCAGGGGACACGUGUGAACUGGCCCCUGUCACUAUAGCUCUGCUUGUAGUUGGAGGAGGAGUGGCAUUGCUCUUCAUCAUCCUCAUGCUGCUUCGUCGGCGCAGAGACACAGAUGGGGAGCUGUCAGUGGCGAGGGCCCCUCUGCUGCGUAAAGAGCGACCCCAGGGCCGAUACUAUGGCAUCCCAUGUGAUGCUGAGCCUGUGUAUGCGGGCUGGUGACAUGCCUGCUUUAUGGACUAAGCAUGAUAUUUUUGCUUUUUGUGACCAGGGUGUCACCAUCCUUUGAUUCAUUACAAAACACACAUAAGUCUAUUGUAGACAUGACACUGUUCUACACAUGACCACUUUGUAAACGUUAUUAGAUUAUUAGAGGUAUGUUGGUGCAAACAUUCUCUUUUCUUUGAGGUAAUUGAUUUACUUCACACUUGGGAGUCUGUCCUCUUUAUUUUAUGCGAGUUGUCUGCAAAGCAUUUUUGGUUGCUUGAAUUUUGUAUUUAAAUUCUGAAACCUGUUUCCUAAUUGUGUUCAUGUUCUCAUAUUUUUUAUGUUUUAACAAAAAAAAGAAUAAUUAUAGUAAUACAUGGAAAAAAAAUCUUAAUUUAAUGUUGCCCUGUCAGCUUACCACACAUAACAAUGGCUAGUAUUCAUAUUUACAACAUUCUUGUAUGCAUUUUCACACUUAUUUUUAGGUCAACAAGGACCAACAGUGACUAACAAACCAAAGCAGUGGAGAUAAAUAUGUUUGAGCAUGUCCAGGGACACAGAGAAAAAAAUGCUGUACAGUAGACUGUUUUUAUCAAUGGAGUAUUGGCCUGUUAGGCAAGACAUACCUUUAAUGAUGCUCAUGAAUUAUAGUUGCAGAAUGUAA